AUGAGUGGGAACCAGUCCCUCUGCACCCAUUUCACAUUUGUGGCAUUUUCCUCUCUAGCAGAGUUACAGCCUGUGCUCUUCGUUGUGUUCUUAACCAUUUACUUGUUUACGGUGGGAGGAAACCUGCUCAUCAUCUGCUUGAUCUGGGGCACCCCACCCCUGCACACUCCCAUGUAUUUCUUCCUGGUUAACCUCUCCUUUCUGGAGAUGUGCUAUAUCACCAGCGUGGUGCCUCAGAUGCUGGUGCACCUGCUUGUGGAGACCAAGACUGUAAGCGUGGGGGGCUGUGCAGCUCAGAUGUACGUAUUCACCAUCUUAGGACUGACAGAAUGCUGCCUGCUGGCAGCCAUGGCUUAUGACCGCUUCGUAGCUAUUUGCCACCCCCUGCGUUACUCUCUCCUGAUGGGUCCUGGUGUGUGUGUGAGAUUGGCUGCAGCAUCGUGGACCACCGGGGGCGUGGUGGAGUCAGCCCAGACCACGUGGAUCUUCACUCUGCCCUUCUGUGGAACAGGAAAGAUCCAGCACUUUUUUUGUGACAUCAUGCCUGUAGUGAAACUGGCUUGUGUUGAUACCUCCUACAAUGAGACUGUGUUGUUUGCUAUCUCCGUGCUGUUUAUCAUGAGCCCCUGUUUCCUCAUUCUGUGCUCCUAUGUGCGCAUUCUCGUGACCAUCUUGAGAAUCCCCUCAGCCGCUGGCAGACAAAAGGCCUUCUCCACUUGCUCUUCCCAUAUCCUGGUUGUUUCUCUCUUCUUUGGCACUGCCUUGUUCACUUACCUACAACCAAAGACUGCACACACUCCAGAAACAGACAAAGCGACUGCACUCAUGUACACAGUGGUCACCCCUGCUCUGAAUCCUGUUAUCUACACCUUAAGGAACAAGGAGGUGAAGGAAGCCUUUCAACGCCUAACCCAAAGGAACCCUCUCACACAAAUGCCCUAA